GGGAGUCCCAGAAGAACCAUCAGACUAGACGGCCCUCAAGUUCAGGAAGCUGCAUCAACUAGCAGAAGCACAGAUGCCAAGCCCAGCAAGUUUCUGGAAUUUGGGACAUGGUGAGGAAGUAGUAAUCCAAGCCAAGCUUGAGGAGAAAUGGACACUGUGAGUGAAACCUCAGUGUCUUUCUUGUUGAACAAUGCACAAUGUUUCGAUGAAGGGAAUUCCAGACCCAUAGCCGCGGACUACUUUAUCCCAACCCUGCAAAAAAAUGAGGUUGUGGAUGAAUCUCAGCCAUCUUGUUCUGGCCUGCAUCUAAAGCCCACAUCUAAGUCUAGGUCAAAAGACCAAGAGGCCUACAAACCUUCUUUCCCUUGGAAAUCCAUUUUGCCAAAGCGUGGUGUCUCCAAGCUUAUUUUCCAGGUGGUGGCUUCCAUUGAGAAACGCACCGGUAUUUCCCUGCAAGCUCUUAAGAAGAGUGUUGCGGCUACAGGCUAUGAUCUCGAGAAGCGGAAGAGUUACUUCAAGAGAGUCUUGAAGGCCUUGGUUAGGAAGGGUGUGUUGAGGAAGUUGACCGGGCGUGGACUUACAGGCUCCUACGCAAUCAGCAAGAUGAUGCUGGAUGUGCUGAGGAGGAGGAGGAGAAGAAAGGCAAUCUCUGCAAUGUCUGCUCUCAAGAAAAAUAUGUCCUCCAAGAGGUCAAGGAAAAAGAAGACCAAGCCUAGGAAAUCAGACCCAUCUGACUUGUGUAGUCCUAUGUCAAUGACAGGAAAUAUCCAUAGCUGAAGCUGUGUGUAAGAAAAAUAAAAUAA